ACCUGCUGAAAAAUCCGUGGUCAACAUCUUCUUUAUAGCUGCCGCUUCUGCUUAAGUGGUAUUGCAGUCAUCGCGGCCCCACUUGAUAGUGUCAGCACGACCGCCCUUCCGCUAAUUCAGUGCGCACAUCACAAGUUUUAGUCUCAAGGACGAAAUCUAUUCAUUCAAUCAAUAAUACUGUAUCUGCAACAUUCAUCACAGUGUGAAAUUAUCUAAAGGAACUGCACCAAUCAAUAUUCUACUUACAGUAACAAUAACAAAAAAAACAAAGGAAAGAUAACAAGCAAAAUGACGACCGUUAGCGAUUACGCCAAUUCGAACAACCACUUCGUGGACGAGAAGGGCAAUAAGACGCAGGAGGAACCGCACAUCAAGCGCAGAAAGUUGUCUGUGUCCGAGACGAUGCUCGUCUUUUCUGAGCUGCAAAGACAGCCGCAUGGAGAGGGAAAAUUGCAAGGAGUGGGUUCAUCUCAAGAAAGAGACGCCACUAGCGGAGGAGACGAAGCAUUCGAGCUAUCGAACAUGGCCGAGGACGAGAGCACGUCCUUCUCGGAGGUAGAAGAAGAUGCUCCUGCUUCAGAUUGGCAGCCCUCGGCGGCUUCCGACGGAGAGUCCGAGGACAACAACGAGUUUACCUUAUACAGGGGCCGAAAGCAGCAGAAACGGCAACGAGAAAAAGAAAAAGCCCGGGUCAAUUCGAGCUUGAAGUUGCAAGCAUUAUGGGGUUGUUCCGAUGCACCACAGGCACAGGCCACUCAGGACCCCCUUCUGCCGACCAGGGAGUGGUCCGGAAUGAUCUUGGAUGACGACCUGCUUGCGACGCCAAAAGUUGGGAAAAACCGCGAACAACAACAAAUCACGUGCGCCGGAGGUGUGUUGUGCAGUGAAGAAGGUUCUUUCGCAGAGGCUUUCACUUUUGGUCUCUUUACCGCGUCCCGGUUCUUGGAAAACUCUUUCGUCUUGCUUGAUGUAGCUAGCAUCACAGAGGCCGAAGUAGAUCCUCACGGACUGGGCAUGGGGGCCCACAGUAUGAUGAAUCACCAUGAGUUAAGCAAAGACGAUAAAAUUCUUUCGCUUGCACCGCCGGAAUGUGUUCGGGACCCAAAUCACUUCUGCCCGGCACGAAAGUGUCUACGGUAUUUGGAUCUCCAGGCUCGACGUCUGCCGAAUCCUGUGCUAAAAAGCGAACAUGUUGGGAACGAAAUGGGUUUCGCUUGGCAACGGCUUUGUCGACUCUGCCCGGUUUUUGACCUGCCAGAUAUGUUUCUGGCACACACCUCCCCAUCGCGGAACUCAGCGAAAGAACGCAGAUCAUGCGAGCCGGCCUCUACUUCGAAAAAGUUCGAUCGGAUGGUAUACUGGACUUGCCACACGAACGAGGUCGAAAAUAAGUAUUGCAAAUACCUGGACUUGCACUUUGUGUUGCAUUUCGGGCCAGAAGGCAAAAGCGCUACGCCUUCUAGCACGGAUGUCCAGUGUCGCUUUUCUCUGCAGUCCGUCUUCCUCACGGUCCGCUGCCCUCUACAAGGGGAAUUACACCAGCGGAGAAUGCAACGUCAGAGAAUUCUGAACGCCGAAGAAGGCUGGCGGUACUACUGCGAAACCCACAUGGAGAAAGACGAUUGCUGCAUCACAGCGCGGGAGUGCUUGUUGCGCUUCUUGUCUGGUCAAUCGUGUGAACCGUGCGCGCACCCGCAUCCUUCUGAGGUGGUAGACGGUUGGGCAGAUAAGAUUAGCUUCGGCAUCGCCAGCAUUGAACUGCGAGCACAAGGACAUUACACAUUGCUUCAGGUUGUGGAACAAACAAAACAGAAGACGCAUUUGUCUGAACAUGCUAUGCCUGCGGAAGAUCUCAAUCCAACCGAACGCAGUCCAAGUCAAAUCCUCAACCUCGACUGCAAUGAUCUGCGGUUGAUUUCAAUCACCCCGCGUUCACUCCACGGCCAACAUGUCCAGGCUUCUAAUUCACAAGAAAAUAGCGAGAAUCGGUCCGGCUGA